AUGUUUGGAGGCACUCAGACGCAAGGUGAAUUAAGAAAAGGACAAAAAGGUAUUGAUUCUGUAAACAAUCAAGGUGGAUCAGGGGGCUGCGGAAGCGGAUAUCAAGGAGCAUAUCAUAUAUUUAAUGAAAACAUGACUGGUGAUGGCAUCUUCCAAUCCGGAGGAUCAGGAGGAAGCUCAUAUAUAAGCGGGCACCCUGACUGCAUUAGUCCUCAAUAUCCAUCAGACACAGUUGCUAACGAAUCCACUCCUUUUCAUGAAUCGAAGUUCUAUUUCACAAACACUAAUAUGAAAGGUGGCAAUGAGUACAUGCCAGAUUCAUUCAGUAAUGAUAAAAUACUUGGGCAUGUUGGCCAUGGCGCUUGUAGAAUUACAUUUUUGUUCAAUCCUAUUUGUCAAACAGAGAUGAUUUGCAACAUGCAUAGAUUUACAAUCAGUUCGAUCUUUCUAUUUGUUUGCUUACUUUCAUAA